AAGUGAUUGAAAGACCGCUUUUGACUGGACAGUUUUUUUUUUUGAGGUUGCACACAUGAGAAUACACAGAAAAAGAAAAGAGACCAUGUUCUCUUAUCAGAUGGAAUAGAAUGCUGUACGAUAUUAAAAAAAUAUAUUUGGAGGAGAUCUGAUAAAAAUAUAAACCCGACUUCUCUCUUUUUUCUCUUUAAUUUUUUUUUUUCAAAAAACACACGUACACUUACUACUUCUUUACCAUGUCAGGCUUUUUCAAGACACUUGGUACACUUAUUACAGGCAGUGCGCCUACUUCACCUAAAGAAGAAGAAGAGGUGCAAGUAGAAAUAGACCAGAUUCCUCCUCAAGAUCUCAUGGUGAAGGAUUGUGCCAGUUGUGUAGAGGAAUGUGACGAACACCAACAAUAUCCCUCUUACUUAGAAUUCGAUCAUGACUCACCUCUACUGGGCUCCAUGUCACCUUAUGGUAGACAUUUUAUGAUCAGUACAGCUCAAUGUGAUUGGCCUGAACGUAUCGAAGAGGAUGAGGGUACGCUCGCUGCCAAUUUACACGCUCUGUUAAAAGAAAAACCCAUGUCAUGGCGUACCUUUAUCACAAAUACCUCUCUCAUCGCACAUCGUUCAACCGUACCAAACGGGAUGGAUCUCAUCAUUUUACCUGAUAAUAUCAUUGUCAGUAAUGUCACCCCCGAAGAUGCUCAACAAAUCUAUGACGUAUUUGUCAAAAUGCCGCUUCCGACCUCUAGCAGUAGUAGUCAUAGUAGUAUAAAUUCCAAUCUGGGCCAACUCAAAGUCUACCCAAACCCAUACGAAAAUAUGAUCCUGAUCUGCUCACAUCGAAAAAGAGAUAAACGUUGUGGUGUCACAGCGCCUAUUCUCAAUCGUGAAUUCGAUCAUAUCUUGCGUGAAUUAGAUAUUCAUGAUGGGGAAGGUGGAACAUCCGUCUUUAUGGUCAGUCAUGUCGGUGGUCAUAAAUUUGCCGGAAACGUGAUUUGUUAUAUAAACAAGGGUAAAACCGGUGUUUGGUAUGGACGUGUCAGGACCUGUCAUUGUCGUGAAAUCAUCGAGGAAACAUUGUUAAAGGGCAAAGUCAUCAAAGAAUUGUAUAGAGGUUCCAUGAGCCAUAGCUUUAAUGACUCCAAAUGUAAUAGAAUCAAAUGGUAGUUCUCUCUUUCUUUUUUUUUUUAAAAAAAAAAAAAUGAUAAUAAUAAACUGUAACACCAACUUAAUCCGAUUCUGGGGCGUCGUUUUUUUUUUGUAAAGAGUGUCACAGACUAUUUUACCUAUCCUGUAUCGUUCCCCCUUAUUAUUUGGUAAACUCAUUGGAUCUUGGGUAUCGAUUCCAUUAUUUGUUUUGAGACCAUUGC